CUAGGCCAGUUCGCAUGUUAAAUCGCGCUUUCCAAGUCAUAAGCAACUUUACGCACGUUUUUUUAUUGUGUCAAAAAUCCGUCAAAUUUCGUCAUAUUCACGAUAUCGCUGUUCACAGUGCUAAUCAAAUCAAUUAUUCAAAACCACACGCCGCCACGUUAUCGUCAGACGUCGCGACGUCGAAGUCACGCAGGCCUAAGCGCUACCACCCGCAUCGUAACCUUCCUUCCACGAACGCAGGCAUUCCAGCCCGGUUGGCCGGAGUUCGCACACCCUUAACCUUGCCAACCUUCUAUUGGGUGUCAAUUUUACCUUUGAAUUAUUAAGGGGUUACAUUUAUUUUAACUUCUUCUCUUAUUUGAAUUGAAAUUAGCAUAUCUGUAAUUUAACCCAAUACUCUUUGUAGAAAAUAGUUUUUAAUAAGUUUAUUGAUGUUUUUUUCAAAUUCAACAUUUAAUUUGAAAACUAAAACGUUUUUUUUAGGUACCCCCUCAAGCCAGAAAUUGAAAAUCAUUCCACCCGGUACAAUCUCACCCAGAUUCUUCCGUCUUCCGGCUCCCAUAAAUCGAAGCCGAAGGCCUUCCGGUUGUCCUACUGGCGGGGUGGCGUCGCGACGCUUGGAAUGAUAACAACGCGCGGUGGUUCUUUAUGGCACAUCGCGAGCGCUCAUUGUGACCGAUUGUAAAACAAUAUAAAUGCCAUUAAGGUUGCCACGGGUUCGGUCAUUGCGAGUCCGGAUGGCGGCCAGUGCUGGAUUUCGCGACGACCGGGAAUAGUGUCGGGUUUUUUGGUCUUCAAUUCGUUCUUUGAUUUGUUGGAUAGUAAUUAAAAAGUGUUGUGAUAAUUGUAAAGCAGUAUUAUUAAAAAAAAAAAUGGUGACCAUGAAAAGUUUUCCUCUCGUUGGUGGCAUCCUGGCGGUUCUUUACGGUCUAGUGAGUGUUAACGGUAACGAACAAACCAAGGUCGUCGGUGGCACCCAAUCCGGGGAACGCGUCCCCCACCAAAUCUCGCUCCAGAUCAUGAUCAACUCACUGUACGGCUUCGGUCCGAAAACCUGGGCCCACAACUGCGGUGGCUCGAUAGUGUCCCCAAGCUACGUCAUCACGGCCGCCCACUGUCUGGACGGAAUCGAGGCAUCGCGGCUUUCGAUCGUGUCCGGAACGAAUGACCUGCGGAAUGACGGUGCCAAGGGAAGCCGUCGUCUGGUUGCGUCGUACAAGAUCCACCCGGAGUACAAGGAGUUGGACAAGUGUGACAUUGGGAUCAUGCGAACGCAGGAACCGUUUGUGUUCGAUGCCAGUACGCAACCGAUUCGGUAUUCGGACACCCAGGUGGGAGGUGGUGAGAGCUGUACGCUGACCGGAUGGGGCUACACGAUGCCGAUUCGGAUUGGGAGGACGCCGCAGGAUCUGCAGCAGGCGGAGCUGAAGACGAUUACGAACGAGGAGUGCCGCAGCAAGGGAUUCCCGGUGAAUCCGACGGAGAUUUGCACCUUCACGAGGGUGGGACAGGGUGCGUGUGGGGGUGACUCGGGUGGCCCACUGGUCUGGAACGGUGAACUCAUCGGCGUGGUGUCGUACGGGACACGCUUCUGCGGCAUCGGUUCACCGGACGUGUUCACACGUGUCUCCGAGUUCAAGGCGUGGCUGGACGCGAACCAAGUGUAACCCGAUCCCGACUCCUGUGGAUAGCUGAAUACGAAUCUUAGCCAAAUGGAACAAGCCGACGACUGUUAAAUUAAAAAUUAUCUCACAAAUAAAAAUUAAAAAACGAACAAACAACGGAA